GUUUUGUAUGAUCAUGUGAGCAGGAAGUCUUAAAGCAUUAAAGUCAAAUAUUCAAAAAAGUGAAUGUUUAAUUGUAACAUAAUAUUACAAGAAUCAUGGACAUACGUAAGAAUGAAGAUCGAACAAUAUCACUAAUGCUGUCUCAUGUUAUGGAAGACAUAGGCGUCACAAAGGAAAUGGUCAACCGAAGACGAAGGACAUUUUUAGAAAAGGAGGCCAUUUUGAGUUUGUCGGAGAUACUCUUGGGACUCAAAACAAUAAGUUACAACUUUGGAAGCCAAAGCGAGGCGACCACUACUUUAGGCAUGGACUCCGAUCUCGAUCUUUUGAACUGUCUGAAUAGCAGGCCUGUAAUUCUGAGCAUGGAGGACUGGAAUGCUGGCAAGGACAACCUUCUCCUACUCAGGGACCAGCAAACCCCUCCUCAACAUUGUUACUUACAAAGGUUAAGCAGCAAAUCACCAGAACCAAUGACAAAUGUACCGAUGUCAGAUCACGUAAAAGACAACAAAGGACGUGUGCUGAUCCAGAACACGUGGUUCAGCAGCUCGGCGCAACGUCAGGUUAGAAAGGUUCGUAAGAAGUUUAUAAAGCAUGGCCCGUCUGUGAGUUAUUCAGAUAAUGUGGACUAUGUAUUCUGUUUCCACUGCCAGAAAGUGCCAGAUGUCUGUAGGUCUUGGGUCAGCAGAUACAGACCCGGCCAUUGGCCACCAACAAACGUUAAAAUGAUGGCAAUGAGUGCAGGAAUCUUUCUCUUAGCUUGUGGACACCCAGAAAGUGAACAGGAACCAAUGGAGUGGAGAUUCUCGACUUCAGCUGCCGAGAGAUUGUUAAUGUUUGACUUGAGCCUAUGUCAAAUCAAAGUGCUCGUCUUACUGAAAAUGAUCAGGAAAACGUACUUAAAGAAGACAGUAGGUGACGGACUGACUACAUAUCAUUUGAAAACAGCGCUAUUAUACACGAUUGAAAACUAUCCUCCUGACGUCUGGAAAGAAGACAAUUUACUCCAGUGUGCGAUUAAUUGUCUUACGACGCUAGCAAGAUGGCUGCGUCUGAAUUACGUACCACACUACACCAUGGAAGGUGUAAAUUUGCUGACUGGAAAACUGAAGAAACAUGAGUUACCACACUUGGAAAAUAUUGUUCUGAACAUGAUAGACACGAAACUGCAGUGCGUUCUUGGAAUAGAAAUGGAUACAGUUGGAGACAGAUUAUGGACUUUGAUACAUAAAGGGUGGUACUCCAGUGAACAGUUUGCGUCCAGGGAAAGCAUUGAGUUCGCUAUUAUAGCGUUUCUGGCCGAAGAGUAUUUUGGAAACUUAAAUCAUUCUUUGAACCAAUACAUGGCGGCAGCCAAUAAAGUCAGUUUCGACCAGGCGCACAGCACCAUAAAAUCAUAUUUGUCAGUUUUGGCAAAAGGUUUGUUAAAUUCAGAUCCAAUUAAACGUGAUGCAACAAAGUUGCUCAUCAAGUACCUGAAUUCAGUCGUCGCCACGAUGCAGGCUUCACAAUGCCUUCGGAAUGGCGUGCCGAUUAUGUUACCAGACACUGUGAAUCUUUUUAAUGUGUCAUUAGACUUUGAUUUAGCUUCAUGUAAACUGAAGCUGGCUUCAGUGUACUACUGUAUGAAAGAGUAUAGAAAAGCAGAAGAUAUACUGUCGAAAGUAGAGCAUAGCUUUCAGCCAUGGGUACUGUCCGCUUGUGAUUGUCGGAAACGCACCAUGAAGAAACCAACAAAAGCUUUUGAUCGAAGAGCACUAGCACACACAAAUCAAGAUAUGUUGAGGUCCUCUGUAACAAUGUGUGUGAAAAUCCUACGCCAUGAGAUGGAGUGCGUCCCAAAGCAUUUGCAUUUCGAAAUGUACCGUGCAACUUGCAAUGACGAUCUCCAACUCCGGGAUCCCUGGCAUGACAUCUGGAUGGACAUGGCGCUGGUCGACUCGCUUCCUUUCACCUACUAUCUGCAAUACCUGACAUAUCGGGAGCUUGGACUGGAAGAUGCUCAGAUAGAAUCUGUUGAAAAGCUAGCAGAUUAUGUCGAGAAGUACAACGGUUAUGGCCAUAUAGAAACGGUUUGCAACUUAGUUGGACAUUGCUAUGAGUUGGAGGGAUUGUUUGACCAAGCUCUUGGAUGGUAUCUAGAAUCUCUUCACGUUCUGCCAAGAAACAACGCUGCCAUGUGGCACAUAAUCUUGUUGUUGUACUCUUUGUUUAAACGUGGGAUGUAUUUAACUGGUUAAGGUUUUAAGAUUGUGAGGAACAUUUCUCGGUAACAACUACGAAGUAAACAUGACAGGCAUCCUAAACACUUGCAAGCGUGGGUAUCAGUCAACCAAAGAAGAUAAUGAUGAUUGCUGUGAAUAUAAUUAUGUUGUUAAACUUUGUGUAUUUUUGCGCCUAAUGGCUCAUCGUAACAACUAGACUACUUUAAUAUGAUAGAUAGAUAGAUAGAUAGAUAGAUAGAUAACUUUAUUACUUUCAUAUAGGCUACAAAACCCAUGAUGACAUACAAUUUACAUAAUACAAGAUAUAGCAAAACAAUGGUGAACAUCACACUGCGAAAUUUUUAAACUGGAAUUUAAAAUUCUGUUCCGGAGAAGGUCAGAAAUAGCUAUGAGAAAAUAUGUUUUACGCUAUGAUGUUUCAUAUAUUAAAAUGAGACCCGUGAUAAUAAAAUAAACCGUCAAUCUGUUUGAGCUAUUCUAAGAAAUGACAAAAAAACCCCACACCAACGAAAUCGUAUAAAUUCAUGAUUGUCAAUUUCUUCAAAGACAGUAAUAGAAUUUAAAUUAAAUUUUACCAGGUAUGAUUUUGCAUAAAUACAAUAAAUAAU